CUCUGCUGUGGGGGGUUCGUCCCCUGAGCGUAGCAGUACAAGUCUUUUUUUUUUUUAUGUUAGAGGGAGUCCAGUGAGUGGAGGGGGAUGAGUGUGGCAGAUGAAGCUGCCCCCAAAGCCCUUGACCCAGUCGCAAGUCGGGGCCUCAGGCUAACGCGACGCGUGAGGAAGUAGGCCCCACGCUCUAUCGGGCGGGCCCGGGCAUUGAAUCAUUGCCGCCCGUGCCUCUCUCCUCCUUUAUGUCGAGGGGGGAAGCCCGCAGGGGUUCUCUUCACCCAUCCGCGCACUAGCCAUCUCCAUCGCCUCGCAAGGCUUUCAGAUCUCGAUUCACCUUUGUCCCCACACCGCCGUUGCACGCCGGCUUCUUCCCCGCGCGCGGCCAUGUCGAACUGGCAGUGCUCGACCGUCUCCGAGGCGAAGCUGCGAGCGCUCGUCGAUGCAGGGAUGCUCCCGUGCCUGACCGAGGCGCGGGAGUGGAUCAAGCCGAUGCUCGAGGACUCCCCACGACCUUCCCAGGGGUACGUGGUUUCCUUUGUCGCCUUUCAUGAGCACGGGUUCUCCGUGCCGGCGGGGAGAUUCAUCCGCGCCGUGCUCCACGAGUACAGCCUCGAGCUGCAGCACCUCAACCCGAAUGGCAUCCAGCACCUGGUGGCAUUUGAGGCGAUGUGCGAGGGAUACCUGGGCAUCGAGGCGCACUGGCAUCUCUUCCGUAACUUCUUCAUGCUUGUCUGCUUGAAGGACGAGCAGAGCCACAACCCGCCGACGAUCGGGUGCACUGGCAUCCGGCUCAAGCGGGGGAAACCCGAUGGCUAUCAACGGGCCCUUGACGAGCUCCAACAGCGGGUGGCGCUCAGAGUGGUUCUACCUCAAGAACGAUCCCGAGUGCCCUCUGCCGGUGUUCACCGGGGGUCUUCACGACACCACCCCGGCCGCGUGGUCCGAUGGGCCGGAGAAGAAGAAGCAGGCGAAGCUGCUCCAUGGCUGCCCCGCGGCAGUCACGGCCCUUCAGGCCCGAGGGGUGGACCUCGCCACCGUGAUUGGUGGUUACCUUGCGAGAGGGGUCGUGCCGCUACGGCGGCCCGCCCUUCGCCUGUUCGAGAUGACCGCGGACCGGGCUCCCUUCGGGGAGAAUUGAUUUUAACCCCCCAAGCUCGCGCGCCUUUGAUCUUAAGCCCCCUUGUUCGUUUGCCUUCCUCUGAAGCCCCCGACGCAGCCUAAUUUUGGCUCGCUUGCCCCUCUAGCGCUGUUAUCUCUGGAUUUAGCGCAUAAGGAAAGAAUCUGGACUUAACAAAUUUGUAAUUGCCAAAUCUGCCCUCGUCCAAUUUUCCUCAAACUCACGAGACAGAGGCCCGAGGCCUGGCCCGUUUCUCAUUCUAUCUCCCCUCCCCUUCCUGACUCAACCUAGCCGCUAGCCGCCAGAGCCGCUGCGCCCGCCGUCCGCUGCCCUGCUCCGCCGCGUUUCUCCCCAUCCGCCACCUUCCAUCGCUGGCCCAAGGUCUUGUGUGUGUGAUUGGCAUGGGAUUUGAGUGGGAGGGGCUGGAUUGACUAAGGGGUGUGAUGGAUCUGAAAAGGUAACAUCAUAUUCCCCUGUUCUAAUUGAUGUAUGCAUGAGUUUUGGUGUGUGAAUUUUCUGAUUUUUUCUGUCUAUCUGAAAAUCAUGUCAUUUCUUAUUUGGCCAAAAUAUUUUAUGGUUUGAAAA